AUGGCGUGCUUGUUCGACAGCAACGGAGCGGGGCGGGCUUUGGAUGAUCGCAAUUCCUUUGUGCAUGGCUAUUUUAAGAGAGCAUGCAGCCCUGAAUGCACAGUGCUGAUAAGUGAUCGCUUUAUAAGCCCAGCCCGGGUGGGAGAAGAGCUGCACUGCAGUCUACCUGUUUGCACCAAGAGCAGCUUGCACAGUAGGACUAUGGACAUCGGUGUGAUGAGACCAGCCUGUAUGAUCUCCCUCAGGGGCUCAGCUAAAAUCAAGGAGAGAAAAAGAAUCCCCGUCUCCCACAAGGUGAUAGAAAAAAGGAGGAGAGACAGGAUAAAUCGCUGCCUCAGUGAACUUGGGAAGACGGUGCCCAUGGCUCUUGCCAAGCAGAACUCUGGUAAACUGGAAAAAGCUGAGAUUUUGGAAAUGACAGUUCAGUAUUUGAGAGCAUUGCAUGCUGCUGAUUUUCCUAGAGGUCGGGAUAAAGAUCUCCUGUCAGAGUUUGCCAACUACUUUCACUAUGGUUACCAUGAGUGCAUGAAGAAUCUUGUUCAUUACCUGACCACAGUAGAAAGGAUGGAGACCAAGGACACCAAAUACGCUCGCAUUGUUGCCUUCCUGCAGUCUAAAUCACACCUGUCCACAGACCCACUAUUUAGUUCCCUUCAGGAGGUAGAUAUGUCAUGCCAGCUGCCCCCCUCACCACCUGAUUACCCAAGCAGUGGCGACUCUACAUUUGCACAGAGCACAGGAGGCUCCUUCUCCUGGCAUAGCACUACUAGAAGCCCCACACUGAACUACCUCACAGGUCCAGCUACAAUGCCUUUGCCAUGCACCCCCCCACAGCAGUCCCCACAUAGCAGCUUCUUGUCACCCAUGCAGAGUUUAGACAGACAUUACCUCAGUCUUCUUGGGCAUUCCCAUACUAAUAGUUUUAACAUGCACAGUUCACAGCAUCCUGUUGUUCUGUGACACUGAUGUCAGCACCUAGCAUUAGGGUAUCACAAGGCCACAUUUCUUGGGAGGAAAGGAAAAUAUGUAUGCAAUGUCUAUAGCAACCUACUAGGUGCCAGAUUUUAUUUUUU